AUGAUAACAGGAGAUGAAAUAUUCCGCAUUUCUGCUCCACCAAUGAGUAUAGGAGAAGGUGCUUCAAUGGAUUCCACUUCUGCACCUUCAGCUUCAAUUUGGCUCGAGAAUAUAAUGACGUCCCUCAAAGAAACAGCAAAGAAUUCUUAUAGUCAGAUAAUUUCGUUUCUUUCCACCGUCAUAAUGAAGAUCAAAGAUGCUGGAAAAGUCUUCGCUGCAAUAAUAGGGAGCAUUGAGGAUGAUACCCAAAAAGAAGCUAUGAACAUAUGUUACAGCUUGUUCACUUGGUUGCUUAGCAUACUCUUCACCUUGAAGAUCACAGAUACAGGAAAGGCCUCCUCCUCAGCAAACGACUCUGUUAUGAAGGCCAUGGUUCUCAUCAAAUCAGUUUCGUCUCUGACAACGUUAUCGGCAACGUUGUCUCAAAUGCAUAAGAGAAACCCAGCCCCACUCCUCCUCAUGCUGCUCCUUGAGAGUAUAGCUUCUAUUUUAGCUCUGAGCGUGAUUUCAAGGCUCGUUCUGUGGAUCUGCGUGUUCCUAUGGCUCUGUAUUUUUGUGUUGUUUGGGUAUUGCUGUCAUACAGAGCUCAAAGAACUGAUCCUACAAAUCAAGACAUGGACUGGGUUCGCAACCCCUGAAGAUGGAUCCUUACCGACUGUUGCAUAG